ACUUCCGGUCCCGUGGGAGACACAAACAAGAGCCGCAAAGCCGCGGAGAUGGGGUCCCACGGAAGCCGGGGGGGGGAGGAAGAAGAGGAGGAGGAGGAGGAGGAGGAGGGCGACAUCGGCCUCGAAAGGGCGCUGCGGUCACUGCUCGACCAGUCCCCCCUGGAGCCUUCCGAUGACGACAGCGAUGACGUCACCACCACGCAAGCUCCGCCCCCCGCGCUCUGGAAUCACGAGCUGAGGGCGGAGCUGGAGCUGCUCGGGGGGCGUGGCCUAAAGGGGCGGAGCCUCCCCCGGUUGCUGCGCCAGCGGGAAUGGGGGCGAUGCCGCGGCGGCAGCUUCUCGGGGGGCGAAAGGGCGCUGAUCGGAGAGAGGUUCCUCCCGACGCGGGUGGCUGCGCAGGAGGUUUACCCCCAGAAGGCCUUCUGUGCCGUCUUCUCCUCCGAUGGGAACCUGCUGGUGUCUGCAUGCCAAGACCAGUGGCUGCGGGUGUACUCGUGCCGGGGCUCGUCGCUGCGGGCGCUGCGGUGCUCGCGGGGCCGCGAUGUGGGGUGGGCCAUUCUGGACGUCGUCUUCAGCCCCGACGCCUCGCAGUGCCUCUACUCCUCGUGGUCCGACUACGUGCACGUCUUUGACAUCUAUGGGGAUGGAGAUCAGCACACGGCGCUCGACCUCAGGCCGGAGGAGCGGCGCUUCGCGGUGUUCUCUCUCGCUAUGGGGCCGGACGGGCGCGAGGUGUGGGGAGGAGCCAACGACGGCUGCCUUUACGGCUACGACCGGGAGGUGCAGCGCCGCGUGCUCAGGGUGGCAGCACACGACGACGACGUCAACGCGGUGGCGGUGGGCGACGCCGGGGGGCAGUUGGUGGUCACGGGGGGGGACGACGCCGUUUGUCGCCUAUGGGACCGCCGCUGCCUCCGGGAGGAGCGACCCCGGGAGGUGGCGGCGUUGGCGGGGCACAGGGAUGGGGUCACCUUCAUCCACCCCAGGGGCGACGGGCGUUACCUGGUGUCCAACUCCAAGGAUCAGACGGCAAAGCUGUGGGAUCUGAGGCGCCCGGCGGGGCCCGGGGGGGUGGCGGCAGCCAGGAGGGCCGUGGCCCGGCAGAGCUGGGACUACCGCUGGCAGAGAGCCCCACGGAGGGCCAUGGCAACCACCCCCCUGCCCGGCGACGCGGCGCUGAUGACGUACCGCGGUCACGCGGUGCUGCACACUCUGAUUCGCUGCCGCUUGGCCCCGCCCCCCGGAAGUGACGGGGGGCUCUUCCUGGGCACCGGCUGCGCUUCGGGGGCCGUGAUUGGUAAGGGGGCGGGGCUUAACCCCAGAGGGACCUAUGGGGGGGUGGGGGGGGUGGGAGGGCGGGGCUUAAGGAAGGGGGCGUGGUUGAAGCCCAUUGGUGGCGGUUGGUGGGCGGGGCUAAACCGGAUUGGCUGCUGGGUGGUGGGCGGGGAUUAA